AUAAAGUACUAAUCUUCCUCACUUUCAAUAAAUACCAUCCCCGAAUAACUUGUUACGUACGGUACAUUUUCCAAAUUCAAGGUUAACUAAAGCACAAAAAAAAUCGUUUGAGACAAGACAAGAACCAUGGAUUUCCUCACCGAUCAAGUAAAGAAGAAGUUCUCCGACAAGAAACCGGAAACUUCAGACCCGGAUCCAAACCACAACAAUAACAAACCAGGCCACACCGAUCCAACACAUAAACCGGCUUCCAGCUCCGACCCAACGACACAUAAGCCAGCUACGAACGCCGAGCUCAUGGCUAGUGCCAAGAUCGUAGCCGAAGCUGCUCAAGCCGCUUCACGUAACGAGACAGACAAGCUCGACAAAGCUAAAGUCGCCGGAGCCACUGCUGACAUACUAGACGCAGCUCAAAGAUACGGUAAGUUCGAUGAAAAGAGCGGUAUUGGUCAGUACCUCGAGAAGGCUGAAAAUUAUCUCCACAAGUACGAAACUUCACACACUCACUCCUCUGGCGGCGCCGGAGGAAGCCACGGUGGUGUCAGCGGAAGCCACGGUGGUGUCAGCGGAAGCCACGGGGGAGGAGCUGGAGAACAUGCGGCUAAGAAAGAGGAUGAGAAGUCGGGAGGUGGUAGCCAUGGGUUAGGAGACUAUGCUAAGAUGGCUCAAGGUUUCAUGAAGUGAAUUAAUUAGUAGAUAAAAUAAUAAUAACUAGACUUUGAUCCGCGCUUUGGAAGCGCGAAAUAUUUUACGAUGAAAAAUUUCACUAAUAACUUAACAAAUAUUUUGGUAAUUUUUAAAGAGUGUGUAUUUAAAAUA